AAUCGUAAAACCAGUUUUGUAAAUGAGCCAUGAAAUCGUUUACAUAUCAAUUCUCUUUGCUUGCGACCGUUCAAUGCAUUAUUAUCUAUUUGCCAAUUAAUGCUGGGACACUGGUCCAAACCACAGAUCAUUUCGAAAUCGGAACCGGAUAUGGAUAUGAUGUCCAGCGGGGCCCAAUGCUGUCCUACUUGCAGCAAUUCUCGCCCAUCCAGAAGAACGACAAAAGCGAUGGCAGUAUGUUCAGUGUGGUAAAUGAAUGGAAAUACUUGGACUUUGAAUAUCCAACAUAUGUGGAGCGGCAACGGGCCAUUAAGAGAGGCGAAUUUGUGCCCCAAAAUAACUUGCCCUUGGGCAUUGAUGUCCAUCGCAAUCGACUGUUUAUAACGACACCUCGUUGGAAAGAUGGUGUACCCGCCAGUUUUGGCACCAUUCCCUACCCACCCAAGGAAACUUCCCCGGCUAUUAAUCCCUACCCAAAUUGGCAGGCCCAUGGGGAUCCCUAUAAUCCGGAUUGCUCCAAGUUGAUUUCGGUUUACCGCACUGCAAUCGACAAAUGCAAUCGUUUGUGGCUCAUUGAUUCGGGAAUUGUGAAUGCUACAAUAAGUUUAACUCAAAUUUGUCCCCCUAAAAUUGUGGCCUUUGAUUUAGACACCGAUCGUCAGAUUGUUAGCUAUGAGUUGCCUCCAGAGCAAGUCAAGCAGGACUCUCUCCACUCUAAUAUUGUUGUCGAUGUGCGCGAUAAGUGUGAGGAUGCACAUGUUUUUGUGACAGACGUCUGGCGUUUCGGAAUCGUUGUCUAUAGCUUGGCCAAGGGUCGCAGCUGGCGUGUCACAAACUACAACUUCAAUCCAAAUCCAGUGGCCUCGGACUUUAAGGUGUAUGGCUUGAACUUUCAAUGGCUUGAUGGAGUUUUUGGCAUGAGCCUGUCGCAUGAUCAGCAAAGCAAGCAACGAGUUCUUUACUUUCAUCCUAUGGCAAGCUUUAAGGAGUUUAUGGUAUCCGCUGAUUUACUUUGGGAUGAGUCUCUAUGGGUCAAUAAUGCUCAGGAUACGGCCAAAUACUUUGUUGCUAUCGGGGAUCGAGGGUUUAAUGGUCAGUCUUCCACGUCGGGAAUAUCAAGAAAUGGUGUCAUGUUUUACACACAAGUUCAUAAGGACAACAUCGGAUGUUGGGACACUUCGAAGCCUUACAUUCGUGCCAACCUAGCGCUACUUGUUGAUAACUCGACGUCCUUAAUUCAAUUCCCCAACGACCUUAAAGUCGAUCAAGAUCAGGACAGACAAGGCGUGUGGGUCAUGAGCAAUCGUCUGCCCAUAUAUUUAUACAGUCAGCUGGAUUAUUCUGAUAUAAACUUCCGCAUUUUAAGAGCAGAUGUGGAUAGCUUAAUUAACAGUAGCAUAUGCAAUCCAAACCAGCAGCCUGCAAAAUCACUAAAAGCAGCUAUUGUAUCAAUAGAAGAAGGACAAUGUUAUUAAGUACCGAAAAGAUGAACAUACUACACAGCCUACACUAAAGUUUUAUUUUUGGUUAAAAAUUUUAAUAAAACACCCACAAAUUAAACAGUAA